AGUAGCAAUCAUUCUGUACGUGUCUGUAUGUGUGUAUUUGGCAAACAGAUUUGCAAAACCCUCUUCUAAUCUGCUUGAGCCUGGUCGACGACGUGUUUUGGCCGAUUUAUUAGCGGCAUGAUAACGAUAAAUCUCCGUACAGUUUCGGUAGCGUGGGAGAGAUUGUGAAGAUUGUGUGUGUGUGUGUGCCCGUUGGGGUAUGUGGGAAGCAGUUAGAAGCAUUUUAUGUGUGUGAUUUGAUGAAAACGAAAAGUGUUUCCAGCCCGAAGGUUGAAUGUUGAAUCCGAAACAACAACAAAAAGAAAAGAACCAGCAACGAACCAUCGAGACGUGUGUUGAAGGCGACCAGAAGGUAAUUCGUUCCAUCGUGUGUGGUGGAGUGAAGGCGGAACGAGAAUCUUGAAAGGCAAGAUUCAUACACUCCCAAAACCGGAUGUUUAUUCUCUCCGAACGCCAGUUGGUGCGUACUGAAGCCCGCAACCCUCGUAAACAGAGUGAUUAAGACGCGGUGAAAAGUCGCGGUCCGGAAAUAGGGAACGCGCCCCACCCGCGCGCGCUAUACGCCGCUGUGCUGCAGUGCUGAAUUGCAGUUUUGCCGAAAGCAAAAAAGAAUUGAUACGUGCGCGCCACAACGGUCGGUCGAAAGGAAUGUGUUGCGUAUGCAACACAAGCGGAUAGGUGCGCGGACAAAGAAACUCUAGGGGCGGCAAAGAAAGACGCACCGAAACGAAAAACAUUAAAAAAAAAACAACAACACGCCACUACACUAAUCCACCCUUGGGCGUGUUUGUGUGUGUGUGGCGACGCGAUUCCCCACAUUCACACCCAUCGCGGUGAGCAGCCGAUUUCGGCGUCGUGUGUGGACAGUCAGUCAGUGCGCCGAAUCGGCCAAGUGCAGCCAUUGAUGCCAGAGUAGCAGCAGCAGCAGCAGCAGCAGCAGCGGUACCGAAAGUUGCGUUCCGUGACAGUCUUCGGUCGCUCAUCAUCGCCGUUGAAUCGAUUUUGGCUUUUGCCCCUACCCGUUCGUAUAAGAGGGUAGCAGCAAGCAAGCCUUUUUCGUGGGGCAAGUUUCGCGAAGCGCGAAAGAGAAGUAAGCGUGCUGUGGUCGUGUGCGCUCUUUAGCGCAACGGCGUUCAGUAAGUUCUUACCAGCGUCAGACAGCAGUAGUGUCGCUGUUGUAGGUCCGAUCUGGGCACGUUGUAAUCGAACGCCGAAGAGACAUAGGAAAAAGAAGGUUUCCGAAACGUUAUAAGCGAACCAUAUCGUCGAAGCGGGCAACUGCGUAGUUGCGUUGCGGCGUCGACCAAUAAUAAUCAACAACAGCAACUUCAGCACGAGAAAGCGACACCAACAGAGCGCCGCCCAUCGGAACGGUGUGGGGUGUGAAGGCUUUUUUAUUAAAGCCAAUUGUGAGAUCGCGGACGAUACAGUAAAUUGUGAGCAACAAGUAGGCGCAACGCUUCUUCGCGUGAUCUCCGGUCGCCGAUAGAAUCUGCAUCUGUCGGCGGCUAGUGAGCCUGAGUGGGGUGAUCGUGAUAUACUUUCGAGUGUACUAGGAAGGCCGGACGAACUUCUGCGGAUUUUUGCAUUCAAAUAAGAAGUGAAGUGUUCUAAGACGAACUGGUUGUGGGAUUAAGCAGAUUGAGAAUCAACUAAAGCGUGAUCGAAUCUCUAGAAGAUCGUCUCUCUCGUACACUAACGAACAGAGGAAGAAGAAUUCCUCUGUAAGCUAAAAGCGGUUCAAAACCCAGCAACAACAAAACCCGAACUCUCGCUCUCUCUCUCAUACGUAAUCGUCGCGAAUUAAGCAGAUCCUCUUCCUUCACUCUCCCUACCCCGUCUCGUCCUUCUCCAUCUCGGAGCUAGACGCCCCAACCAACCCCAAGCGAGCGCGAUCGUAACCGGGAGGGUAAGUGCAUUAAAUCUGGGGCAGCGCAGGCGGUUCCCAUGCUGAACUACCGCCUCGUGUCAACGCACUUCCUGAAGCAGCCAUAGAUUUCGCGGCCUACCACCGCACAGCCACACAGAGCGAGAAGUAGAGACACCGGCGCAUUGGCGGGCAGAGGACGUCCCCUUCCGAGGGCAAAGGUCGUAAAAAUGUGCAGAGAUCGGGAUAUGCCACUUCGAUGAACGGAACUCUGUCGCGUUGUUAUAGUGUGUGAGUGCGUGUGUGUGAGUACACUGUAUUGUGUCAUCGUUAGUAGCAUCGUUACCUAGUGGCCGACCACGACCCAACCCACUGCGUGCGUGCGAGUGUGUGUGUGAUUGGGGGAAAUAUCUAGUUAGUGCAUUAGCCAGGCAGCAAGAGUGCCGGGAGCGCCAACGAGCGAGCGUGUGUGUGUGUGUGAGUGCCUGUGAGAGCGAGUGUGAGCGAGAGCGUGUGUAGUGAGAGGAGAGCGCCGCUGCAUUAGUACUACUAAGUUAGCUUCAUACUACUACUUCGGUUACUUACUACACUACUACCACUGAUCACCUUCUACCGCACGACACGCGUCGCGAUACCCUUUGCUGGCUUUGCGCGUGUGUGAGUGUGUGUUGAUCCAAAGCUUGCCGGCCGCCUGCACCAGAGUGUGUGUGUGCGCGAAGCACACGGGCGAUCCUUUCGGAAGCGGCUGAACAGCUCGGUAGUAGCUUGAUGUCAUCCGAGGACUUCACAUCCUUCGCGAGUAUCUCUACAGACGUCCCGGGGACAAUAACAUCGGCGUACCGUGUACGCAUCGUGUGAUCGGCCUGCUUGUUUGGAUAAUUAAAUCCCACUGUUCGCAAACGGAAACGAGAUCAACAACGGGAAGAUAGAUCAAAUUGCUGUCUCUGCUUCUGUUUGUUGUUGGGAAGUGAUACACUGCCAGAACAACGAGUUCGAAACACACACGUGCUAGUUUGUGCCGAAUUCGCAAGUGUGUACCGCCGCGCAUCCGGAAGAACCAUCAUACACAUCCGGAAGCUCGGGCCACCAUCAACAUCAGCAGUGCAACAUCAGCAGCAGCAGCAACAGCGACUCACAACCGCUGUCGCUUUGGUCGUCGUUAAGCCGCGAAGAUUCCACCCAAAAUUGAAGCAUUUGCCAAAAACUGCUGGGAAACGGUAACCGCUUGCGUGUGCGGCAUGCGUCGCCCAUCACUGGGACAGAAUGAAGACGACCUUAGUCGUCUGACAACGAUCAUCUCCCCGACCAGUAUCAGCCUAUCGUCGAACGGUCAGUCCGACCCGGUGGUGGUAGCGGAUCAUCACGAUGUCGUUAGCUGCGGUCGAGCGAAAGCGCACAGCACCAGUAGCAAUAGCAGCAGCAGUAGCAGCAGCAGCAGUAGCAGCAGCGGCAGCAACAGCAGCAGCACCAGCAUCAGCCAUGGCGCAGGCAACACAACUAGCAACAGUAGCAGCAACUGCCCGGCAAGCAACAACAGUGUCAGUGGCCCGGCCGGCCGCGGCAGUGUUGAUGGGGGAAGCAGCACGACAAGCAACAGCAGCAAUGGCAUCAACACCAGCACCAGCACCAGCAGCGAUGGGGUGAAAGUGAUCGCUACCAGCAAGGGCAAAGACGAUGAUCGCGGUACGGCGGGUGGUCAUGGUGGUGGUCGGGACGAGCUGUCCGAAGCUCUACCACCACCCACGGUGCUCGUGAACCAGUAUCUACCGAAUCUGAUCAAUUCGUCGGAGUGGCAAAACUGCCGCAAGCGCAAGGAGCGCCAGGACAGUACGUCCUCCAUCAGCCAGGACCGGAAGCUGAUCCGCUCGAACAGCGAGGAGCAUCUGCCGAACUGUCAGGAGGUGAUCAGGCGCGUCUCGUCGCACGAGGACUUUAAGAAGCGGUCGGCGGCAGCCGCCGUCGUGUCGGUGGAGAUUUCCAUCGACAAGGAGAACGUCAUCGCGGAGGAACCGCUCGAGGGCGAGGAUGAGCAGCAGCAGCAGGUGUUCGAGAAGAAUCUGAAAAACAGUGCGGAUGAUUUGAAGAAAUUCUUCAUCGGCAGCGUGGAGAGCGUCGGGGGCAAGGAGCAUCAUCAUCACCACCACCAUUCCGGCCAUCUCGCGCACAACAACCAUCACAACCACCAUCACGGUAACCAUCUGUACCAUCAUCUCGGUGGCCAUCACCAUCAUCUGCAUCAUGGCGGCGGGAAGUCGCAGCCGUCCCACCAUCGGCUGUCACCGUGCCGGGAUAUAUUGAAGUCGCGGCGCGAUUCGGACAGCGAGCAGGACGGUGAGCACGAGCGGCGGCGGCACUGUGAGCGGUUCUCGAAGACGCGCCCGCCGCCCGGCAGGAAGUCGGUGUCGCCCCGUGCGCGCAACAGCUCCAAGCACUCGAAGCUCGCCGUGAAGGCGGCAAGCGUGGGCUUGGGAGCCGUUUUGCUCGCCGGAAAUGAGCAUUUCUACUCCAAGCAUGACACGCACCCGAGCGGUGGCGGCAAGUCGGAACGGCGCAUCCGUUCCAGCAGCAAGCAUCGGGAGCAGCAGCAGAAAGUGUUGCAGGACGACACGGUGAUGGAUGACGGUGUAGUGCCGCUGUCCGACUACAACGACAACAACGUGCUGGAAAAAAAUCACGCGGUUGAGGAAGCGACGAAACUCAUCGAUGAUGAGGAGGAGGAGGUGGUGCAGGAGGUCCAACCGGAGGAACCACUUUCGCCGCGCGAAAAGCUCCCGUGGGGACAGACGUACCCGGACGAUACGCCGGCCCUCGUCUGUCAGCGCUUUGCGGACGAUAACUUUGAGUACGCCAAGCGUAUGGAUUCGGUAUCACACGCCAAGCUGCGGCCAGUCUCUUCCGGCAACUCGCUCAAGCUGUACGGUGCUCAUCACCGCAGCGCGGAGAAUGCGCCACCCUCGACGAUCCACCACCAUCACCACCAUCACCAGAAGGCAACGCCGGCCGCGAACAAUAUGUUUGACGAGCGCGUGAAGGCGAUCAACCGGAAGCUCGGCGGGCUGAAGAAGAAGCUGUCGCAGUUCGAGGACCGGUUCGAGCUGGAGCACGGCUACCGGCCGACGCACGGCGACAAGUCGGCGGACGCGCCGACCAAAAGCAUCCUGGUGGAGAUACACAAGCUGCGCAAGGAGAAGAAUCAAAUCAAAGCCGAUCUGGCCGUCUUUUCGGCGAAAGUGGCGGCGGCGGCGGCGACGACGACGGCAACGACCGGCCAAAAGCAACAGGCCGCCACCGGUGACGGUGGGCUGAGCGAGGACGAGACGGCGACGGAGAAGCGGCUGGCCAAGAUGAAGGAUACGAUCGCUGACAUUGAAAAGCGCCUCUCGGAGAAACGCGACACGGAGCAACGGAGCGAAAAUCUGGAGCUGCUGUCGAACGAGCAGCUGACGGAGGAGAAAGCCUCCGUCCAGCGUGCCCUGCUGUACCUCGAGUCGAUGUACGGUCGACCGGCGAGCCGCGAGGAGCGUGACGCGGCCCGACCCCUGUACGACCGCUACCGGCUGAUCAAGCGGCUGGUGAACCGUGCCAACUCGAUCAGUGGCCCGUGCGGUGUGGCCAACUCGCAGAUGCCAACCAUACUCGAGCACGAGGCGCUCGCGAUCGUCGGCACCACGACACCGUCCACCGAUAUCUCGCCGCCGUCGGCCACCUCCAUGCUGCAGUCGCCCACGGACACGAUGACCACGCCGAGCAGCAGCAGCAGCAUCUCCGCAUCCAACCAGCUGCCGGCGGCAGACGAUUCCGAAGAAACGACGGCAACGACGAACACAACCACCAGCACCGCCGGCAACACGACCAGCAGUUCCGCGACGGAAAACAUCCACUCGAUGACGGCGGACGAGCUGUGGCAGCAUUACGACGCGACGCGCGAAGAGAAGAAGGAGCUGCGCCGCACGAUCAAGGACUUUGAGCAGCAGUUCGAGGAGACGACCGGGCGCAAGAUGCUGAAAUCGGACCGCAAAUCGAUCGAGGACACGUACGCUCUCUACAAGCAGAAGAAGGCCAAGCUGCGGCUGAUCGAUGCGCUCUUUAAGAAGCAAAUGCAAGCCGUCUAGGGGCCGGGAGCGCCUGGGUGCUGCGGUCGUGCGGGAUUUGAACGAUGCCGGGCCGGUUUUGGUAUUAUUGUUUUGUAGUUUAUGCCGGCAAAAGAGCAUGUUGAUGUCGUAUGUUGAUUUUGAUGAUCAUAACACGCUGUUGUCUUGCGCAGCUGCCGAUCCUCGCACGAGAAGAAGAACGACCCCUGUCGAAAACAGUCGGCAAACGAGAAAAAUAACGAACCGAACGCGUACCCAAAAGUGAAAACUUAAUCAAAAACACGAAUCUUUUCCUGCAAUGCGCCGACGAACGGGCUUUUUAAGGAUAUAUUACAUGCACGGUGGUGCGCGGUUGUUACAGCUCGUGCUUUUCGUUUUCGUUUUGCUGAUCGUUUCAGUUCUGCGUUCUGCUUCUUCUUCUUUCUGCCUAACACUAGCGGGAGCGGUUGCUACACCAGUAGCUGCACUAUUAUCACUGUUCAUUAAUUGUAUCGCAAAGCAGAUGAGAAGCUAGAAUAUCGAAGAAGGCAUUGAAAAUGCGAAAUAGGUAGUAGGAUUACACAAACACAAAAACACAUACACACACACACUGUUGGCAGGAAAGAAACUUUCUAAGCUCAACACACACACAUACACUCACAUAUAUACACAAGCAAACCGAUGGUUGGCAAACAAUUAGACUGCUGCUGUUGUUGGUUUUAAACACAAAUAUUAUGUUAUUUUCAUCGGUUCGUUAGUUUUUCGUAAGUUUGGAAUGAAUGUUUUGUUUGCGACUUUAUUUUCUUUCUGUUUUCAUUUAUUUCGUUUCACGUGGUGUCUAUUAACUGUUAACUGAACUAUUAGAAAGACUAUUGCAUUGUUUUUAAGUAUUUUUACACAAAGCGCGGCGCCCCCUUCUAUAAUGGGGAGCUAGGCAAGGAAGGUGAGGACGAGUGAAUGUGCGCGCGCGCGUGUGUGUAUGUAUAUUUGAGUGUGAGUGCAGGAGAAAGAGAGAGAGAGAGAGAGAGAGAGAGAGAGAGAGAGAGAGAGAGAGAGAGAGAGAGAGAGAGAGAGAGAUAGAGUGAAUGCAAAAAGGAUGGAGCGAUACAAGCAAACAACGUUAAAAAACAAACUGUGGUACUGGUUUUGAGUGGCCAAAAGUGGUCAACAG